UGUUCCGGUGUUGUUUGUCCCCCACGUUACUGGUGCGGGGCUGAUGAGGAUGUGGGGUUCUGACCAGAAGCCGAUCGCGAUGUGUCCGUCCCUCACUCGGACUAUUCUCCGACCCGCUGGAAUAUUAUGCGCCGGACGAAGGAGCUCCGCAUAAUCUCUUCCUAUCGUACUUGUACCGGAAACAAGGCAACAUAUACUUGGACAUCAUUAACACAAUGGAGCAACAAAAUGACAUUAGUGGCCGAUUGGCCCUGAUUACUGGAGCCUCUGGAGGGAUUGGGGCAGCUUGUGCUCGUCAGCUGGCUGCGAAAGGCGUCCAUCUUGCCUUGACGUAUUCCACGAAUGUGUCUUCGACAUCUUCUCUGGCCGAGGAGCUCAAAUCCAAACACUCAGACAGUUACAGUCUCAGGAUUUCAAUUCAUAAGGUGGACGUGUCUUCGGCGGACGAAAUUCAGCAUAUGUUUGAGGAGAUCGACCAGCAACAUGGCAAGCGGCCGGACAUCUUGGUCUCCAAUGCUGGAUAUGGCAAGCGAAUCCCACAGGUUUGGGACAUUUCCCUCGAGGAAUUCGAUUACACCAUCAAUGUGAACCUACGUGCUUCGUUUAUUCUGGCGAAGGGCGUGGUGGAGCACAUGAAGAGUCAGCGAUGGGGUCGGAUAGUGUUCAUGUCCUCGAUUGCCGGCCAGGGAGGUGGAAUCAAUGGAUGUCACUACGCCGCUUCGAAAGGGGGACUAACCGGAAUGAUGAAGAAUCUUUCCACGAGGCUAGCUGAAUAUAACAUCAGCGUCAACGAUGUUGCGCCUGCCAUGAUUGGUGAAACCGGUAUGAUCCCCAGCGCUUCGGCCAUCCCUGAGGUUGCCGCUGGGAUUCCUUUGGGCCGACUGGGCCUUCCGGAUGAAGUCGCCAACGUGGUGACUAUGCUUGUGACGACCGGUUAUAUGACUGGUCAAAGUCUGUUGCUUGGGGGAGGGCUGAAAUAGUAUAUAUAUUGUUCUACCAUACACCAUGUUACGACAUGACUAUGAUUAUCCAUAAUUUGAUUGAAAGCUAU